AUGAGUGCAUAACCUAGAUUAAGCCCAAAGAAUUACAAAAAGUACAGCAUCUUCAAUGAUUCAAUCAAUAUAAGAACAUCUCGAAACACAAGCUUUGAUUAUGAAUUUUAAAAGAGAAGGAAUUCGAACCUAAAGUUCAAAAAUUCUGGGAGCGUAUUGAGAGGUUCCAAGGCUAAUGACUUUAUGGGAAAUCUCAUCGCACAUUUUUAAUAUGUAUUGAUAUAGUCUAUUGCCGUUAUAGGGUUAAAAUGCAUUCAGAGAAAAGAAUUUAAUUGAAGCAAUUAAAUACUAUAACGAAUGUAUAUUGAUAGAUUCUUUGCAUGUGCCAAGUCGGUAUAUGUUGGGAGUAUGUCAUUUCUCUUAAAAUUAAUAUGAAAAAUGCAUUAAGGAACUCAAGUUUGUGAAAGAACAAUAGCCAAAUUACAAUAAAAAUGUAUAUAUUAUACUUGCACUUGGUUACAAAAAGAUAAUGCAAUUGGAGUGGUCAAUAAGAACUGUAUUAAUUCUAUUGUCAUAAUAGUUAGAUGAGUGUUUANUAAAAGAAAUAUCUAAAGAUGACAGAAUCUAUUAAGGAUUUGUUUUUAAAAGCUGUUGUUUCUGAGAAGUAAUCUAUCAAAGCGGUGCUAUUGAUAUAUUUAUUAUAUUAGGCUGCCAAUUCCAUAGGUAUUAAUUACUCCUCAGCCAAGGCCAUUUGGGCAGAAUUUAGAAGGAAGAAACAGAAGAAGAAGAAGAGUAACAACAAAGAAGACUCAGAUUAGAAAAAAGAAAAUCCUCUAGUCAAGCGGUGUUCAUAUAAAAUAUUGAAUGGUUGUAAUAAGAUUAAGAAAUUUUUUAUGGAAAUAAAAUCCUCUGUCUCAUAGAAUUUGAAUUCAACACAUUUCUGUAAGAUGGACCCUCACAUUUGA